AUUGCAGUUUUAACAUUGAACUUUAAUAACAUAUGAAGGUGAUCAGUCUUUAAAAAGAACAUAAUCGGCUUUCAUUUAAAACGUACAUCAUCUGCUUUGAUCUGGUAACGUUAGUUGACUGUCUGAGGUAAUGAGAAUAUAUUAGUGUACAUAAGUGUACGAGAGCAGCAUGAAUACAGGAGCUUGGACUGGACCGGUUCGGUUCUGGAUGAAGCGCUGCAUGAAUGUUAGUAGAGGAUUUAGAGUGGAUCGGCCAAGAUUAGUACUGGGCAUUGAGACGAGCUGUGAUGAGACGGGUGCAGCGGUACUGGAUGAGAAUGGGGUGAUUUUGGGAGAAUCUUUGCAUUCUCAAAAACAGACCCACCUAGAUGCUGGUGGCAUUAUCCCAACCGUAGCCCAACGCUUACACAAAGAAAACAUCAGCCGAGUUGUUCAGGAGGCCUUAAGAAGGAGUUCAAUUGAACCGUGUGAACUCACAGCUGUAGCCACAACAGUGAAACCCGGUCUCGCCCUCAGCCUAGGGAUCGGCUUGGAGUUUAGUCUGAAGUUUGUAAGGCUUCACGAAAAGCCGUUUAUUCCUAUACACCACAUGGAGGCACACGCCCUCACAGUAAGAAUGCUUCACCCCGUAGAAUUCCCAUUUCUCGUGCUUCUUGUCUCCGGAGGUCAUUCCCUCCUUGCAUUGGCCAAAGGAAUCGAUGAGUUUUGCCUUUUGGGCCAAUCACUGGAUGAAGCAGCGGGGGACACUUUAGAUAAGAUUGCCAGGCGGCUUUCCCUUAGGAAUCACUCCGAGUGUUCCACGUUGAGCGGCGGACAAGCCAUAGAGCUUCUGGCAAAAGAAGGGAAUCGACUCGCGUUUCAUUUUAGAUCACCAAUGGGACAACUCUACGACUGCAACUUCUCAUUCGCUGGUUUGCGAAAUCAAGUGACCAUGGCAAUAAUCAAAAAAGAGAAAGAGGAGGGUGUUGAAACAGGACAGUUAUUAUCGUGUGUUAAAGACAUCGCCGCUGCCGCGCAGCACACCGUGGCAUCUCAUAUAGCUAAACGUACACAUCGUGCCAUAUUGUUCUGUAAGGCCAAAGGUCUUCUACCACACCAUAAUCCAACCCUUGUUCUUUCAGGAGGUGUAGCGAGCAAUGAAUACAUCAGACAGACUGUAAAAAUCGUCACGGAUGCCACUGGGAUGCAGUUAGUCUGCCCUCCAUCAAAGUUUUGCACUGAUAAUGGAGUCAUGAUUGCGUGGAAUGGUAUAGAGAGACUUAAGCAUGGAACGGGGAUCUUGUCGCAUACCGAAGAAGUCUACUAUGAACCAAAGGCACCACUUGGAUUGGACAUAACAGCAGAAGUUAAAGAGGCUGCAAUCAAAGUGCCACCAUUAAAACUGAGGUUAAAUUCUUGAUAUUGUUCAUAAACAGCUUUUUUCUUGUUAAUAAAUUAUUUUUUAAAAGAA